AUGUCUGCGUGUGCGGCUGCUUCUCGGGUGACCACUGUCACAGUUUGCGCGCUAUUCGUGGUCAGACACAUCGUCAGUGUUAAAGCCGAAUUCGAUUGUCGCAGGGAUGGUCUACACACAGAUUAUGACAGAGAAUGCCGGGAGUACGUAAGAUGCAGCGGUGGCAUCGUCACCGGCCGGUACUCGUGUCCCCCGGAGCGGGUGUUCAGUGAAGCCGAUACCGCGUGCGUGCCUCGCGGACGUCGCCCGUGCGCCCGACGGGAAUGCGCAUCCACAGAUACAAUGGCAUAUGCAUCUCCGGGAACCGCUUGCCGUCAAUAUUACCGUUGUGAAAACGGCACAUCCAUAGAGCGAAUUUGUCCUCCCCGUGCAUGGUUUGACCUGGAGAGACAAGCGUGUACUCGAGGUGCCGGCACAUGUUUUGAGCCUGUGUGCGCCGGUCUGCCUGACGGCGACUAUCCUGAUGCAUCCCACGAAUGUCAGCGUGUGCUUCAGUGCCGUGGUGGCGAGUUACGGAGCCUUAAAUCAUGCGAUUCCAAAUGUGCUCCACAUUGCCCACCACCACGCAUCGCUGCUGUUCCCUUACCAGUUGGUGAUGCUGAUUUUUGCUCGGAUGAAGCCUGUUCCUCCUUAUGCCGCGAUACAAGUGAUGGUGCUUACGCAGAUCGAACAGCGGGAUGCAGAGAAUAUUUCGUUUGCGAAUCACAUCGCGUAAUACGUCGAGGAGUAUGCGAGCCUGGCCGGUUGUUUUCUGAUGGAGCCUGUGAACCGGCAGUACGCGCGAUCUGUCUACCACCUGCACUUAGCCCGUGCUUCAACCGACAUGAUGGGACACACCGAGACUGGCGUGAUUGUGCCUCGUGGUUCGAGUGUCGACGUGAACGUGUGAUCUCCCGCGGUUCCUGUGCCCCAGGACUAACGUUUGACGGAAACAAAUGUGUGUCGGCAAGUGAGUUUUUAUGUGACGGACCGGCAAUUGCUAUCGAGUGUCAAGGACUGCCGAGUGGUAUGUACCAAGAUUUAUCUUCUAACUGUACUCGGUACUUCCAUUGUGAGGGGGCCCUCCGCACGACUUUAGCUUGUUCGCCGGGACGAGUAUACGACGGUGCCGGAUGUAAACUGGCUUCAAACUACCUUUGUCCAAGUUUGGAUCGCGAAUCAUGCUUUAGACGUCCAGAUGGUCGAUACCGUGCUGCCGAUACGGGAUGCCGUGGGUACUACGAGUGCGUUCGUGGCGUGAAGGCGACAUACGCAUGCUCCGUGGAUCGAGUAUUCGACGGCGAAAAAUGUGUUCCAGCCCGUGAUGAUCUAUGUGUACGGGCAGAUUAUUCAUGCGAGGGGCUAGCAGACGGUUAUCACCCUGAGAUCAAAUCUGGAUGUAGGAGAUAUUUCUAUUGUGAGCGUGGGGACCGCUUGGCUACUCUCACAUGCCAGGGUGAGAAGAUAUUCGACGGACGUACGUGCAUAAACAAUUCUCAACAUAUAUGUGGAGCUCCUCCCAUAGACACGGUGGAGAACGAUGGCAAAAAGUGUGAGCGAGACGGGUUCUUCGUACAACAAGGUACUGACUGCAAACGGAUGAGACAGAAAAAGAAGUAUGAAAGAGCUAACUCUCUGGUCUUCAUUACACUGUCCGAAAACGAAGAAAUCUGGAGAAUCGUGAUGUACCUGAUUACCUUUAUAAGGCUGUGA